CCGCCACCGGCAACACUGCGCGCCGAGUUCGCGCAUCUCCCCCUCCCCCUGCCCCGUCCGGGUACGGUCGCUUUUUCGCCGUCGUAGUCAGCAGCAAUAACAGCGAGCCAGGCGGGCCGAGCGGGCGUGGGCAGUGUAGCGGCAGCUCCGGCCGCCUUCAGUCACGGAUCGCCGUUUGUCGCCGGGAGUGGUCUCCGCGUUCACCGACGCUGCGUCGUCUGCUCCUUGCGUUCAUCGAGUGCGGCCUUCUUCGCUUCGCGCUGUGAAGCUUGCAUCCCGGUGGAACGCUGAGCCGAAAUGGCUUCAGGUUUAGGAUCCGGCCUUUCGACUUCCGUUCCACGACCCUCAGAAACAUCUUUUGAGCACCACAUUAACAAGGACAUGAUUGGCACUUCCUGUUCCCCACCAUGGGACUGAUGGAUCCCAAGGAGAAAAAUGUCAAGCUGACCCGCCUCAAGGAGACGGGGCCCUACCCGAGUCUGCGCGAGCUUUACAACGUGCACGGCAAGCUCCAGCGAGAGGACUACCUGUGCGCGCUGGAGGAGCAGAUUGCUGAGCUGCGUCGCGACAAACGACUCCUGGACACCAACAUCAACUGCUACCGCGUAGAAGCCCGCUGCGUGCAGUACAGACAGGGCGGGCGCUUCCAAAGAGUGACUGGGGUGGAAUUUAAAUUCGAUGCCAGCAAGUACCAGGAAGUGGAGUGGGACGAGGAAAAACGUCUCAUGAGGAACAACAUCGUACUGUUGACCCAGAACGGUCUUGAUGACUUCCUAGUGGGCCGUAUAGAGGAGAGCGGCGAGAAGCUGCUCCGGAAGGGUGAAAUAGUUGUUGCCAUGAUUGAAAAAUUUGCGGAUAAUGGGUAUCCGACCCUUCUGGAUCAAGAGCAAUUCGUGGGUCACACGUUCCAUAUGGUUGAAAGUGACCCGUUUCACUUCCCGUACCUGCAAGUAUCUCUUAGAUUGACCAAAGACGAGCAAAGUAUCGUCUUCGGGGAAGAGCUGUUCAGGCUGUAUGACGUGAAUUUUGGCGUGCACCUACCGCCUAGUGAGACCAGCUUCCAGUUUGAAAAAGAGAUUGUUGACAGCGUCAUGCCUUCAAGACCGCCACCUUACAUGCAGCAGUAUGAGGGGGUGGACGUUGUUAUGAAGCGGCUUCGGAGGUCCAUCCGCACGAGCCUUAACAGCUCACAGGCUCUGGCUUUAAAGAAAAUACUUCAGUACAGAGUAGCUCUCGUUCAAGGGCCCCCAGGAACGGGGAAAACAUACUUAGGAAGCAAGGCAGCCCAGAUGUUCGUAGAGGCUAAGAGACAGCUUCCCACAGUGUUUCCGGGCCCCGUCUUGGUGUUCUCUGCGUCAAACCAUGCUGUGCAGGAGUUUCUGCUUAGGUGCCGGGAGUUCUCGGAUCAGGUGAUCCAUUGCUGUAGCAAUAAACACGAGCGUGACCCAGUGGACUUUGGUCCCCUUCAGAAGGAGCAUGACCUGGCGAGGCACAACGAGAAACCUGCUGUUCUGCAACGUGCCGAGAUCAUCGGCAUGACGACUACACGGGCCGCCUGCCUCAGGAAUUCAUUGGACAGCAUGAAGAUCAAAGUUGUGAUUGUGGAAGAGGCGGCUGAGGUCCUCGAGGCCCACGUGCUGGCUUGCAUACCUUACAGAGCAGAACACCUAGUCCAAAUUGGUGACCAUCGCCAGCUGCGGCCAGGGUACGGUCACAGGCAGCUUGCCGAAGAUUACAAUCUCUGCCAGUCGUUAUUCGAACGAAUGGUCAACAACAGGGCGGACUGCCCCAUGCUGAAUGAACAGAGACGCAUGCGGCCGACCAUCUCCCGCCUGGUUCGCAGUGUCUACCCGAAUCUGGUGGACCACCCCAGCACCUUCAACCGGCCCCGUGUCAGCGGCGUGGACCUGGACGAGCCAGUCUGGUUCAUUGACCACGGCAAUGAAGAACAAGAAGAAGGAAAGAGCUAUAAGAAUCCUGAGGAAGCUGCGAUCGCGGUCGAAUUGGCGAAUUACCUUCUCCUCCAAAAUAAUGAUGUCCGCAAGAUAACCAUCUUAACUACGUACCGGAGACAACUGCGGUUGUUAAAGCAGCUGCUUCAAGAGCACGCGAACGACGAACUGAAGAACUUGCGAAUAUCAACCGUAGACGGGUUCCAGGGAGAGGAGAAUGAUGUAAUCAUACUUUCUCUGGUGAGAUGUAAUCCCUCGGGGAAAGCUGGCUUUCUCAAGAUGGCCAACCGAGCCUGUGUGGCGCUGAGCCGCGCCAGGAACGGCUUCUUCAUGCUGGGCAAUCUGUUUUGCCUGACGUCCUCGCGCGAGCCAGUGUGGCUGCAUGUGCAAAAGAUCUUGACGCAGGAGCGCAGGGUGGGCCCCGUGCUGCCGCUGCUGUGCCAGCAUGGCCAGCGGGUCGGCGUGCGGUCGGCGGCGGACAUCCGGGCGGCCUGCCAGCGCUGCGCCCUCUGCCGGAGCAAGCUGGCCCUGGCGAGCGUGUGCAAGGCCCUGGAGGGCGCCAGCCUGCGCGACGACUAGCCCGCGAAAGCUGCAGUGCCGUGCAGAGCCGCAGCCGCCACGGCCACGCUGACACGCUGCUCCUACACCUUGUGUCAAUUUGUUUAGCUUGUAAGCUUGUUUGUAAGCUUGCUCCCUCCUGGGCAAGGAUCUGUUAACUAUUUUUGUACGUCUGUUAGUCCUAGUUCCACUGACUGAAAUUAUCAUGAUAGGAAGUGAUGUACCGUAUUUAGGUGUUGAAUCCACUUACUUAAACGGAUAACUCAGUUUAAUAUAUUUGUAAUUUACUACUUUGUCAUUAUCUGUCAGUUUUUGAGUUGCUUCAUUCAUGAUGGAAUCGUAGUGAUGUUCGGUUGGCAACAAAAUCCUCAUGCUUCUGGUAUAUGCCAAAACAAGAUAUUGUUCUCCUUUAUUGUGAUACUGUUGUACAUUAACCAAUCUCUACAGAAAGCUAAGAGCAUGUCAAUUGUUCUAAAUAAGGUUUCUGAUCUCUUAGUUCGUAGUUAUAAUUUCGAAAAUUUUGUACUGAAGUCAAAGGUUUAACAGUUGGAGGUUUAAUAAUUAAUCACUGUUAACUGAUCUGAAUUGUGCUUGCAGAUCGUGUUAAAUUUCUCUGCAUUUGUGGUGACACUGCCAUUCAUUACAAGUUUAUGAAAGUAAAA